AUGGCUGCGACAGACCUCGAGAAGGCGCCGCCUUCGUACGACACCACCAGCACCGGCGACCAUCCGCAUCCGCACCACACGCACAACCACGCCCCGCUCGCCCCAGCCAGAUCCCGCUCUCUGCGGCAUGAGAAGCACGACAAGGUCGAGGUGGACGAGAUCAUCCAGUCUGAGCAGGUCUCCAUCACCGGCAUCAACGAGCGCAAGCUCACCUGGGUGCAAGCCGCCGCACUUCUCCUCACCGAAUACGUCGUUCUCGCCAUCCUCGCCUUCCCUUACUCGUUCCAGCUCCUCGGAUACGCCGGCGCGACCAUCACCUCGGUUCUCGUUGCCGCCUCGACAUGGUACACCUCGCUCAUCUUGUGGCGAUUCUGCAUGCGGCAUCCUGAAGUCCGCGACAUCGCGGACGCUGCCCAAGUCGUGUGCGGAGGACGGAGGAUCGGUUGGUGGUUGGCCUUCAUCGGCCUCGCUUUGAACAACUGGUGCAUUAUGGGACUGCAUACCGUCGCCGGCGCAACCGCGAUCCAGACCAUCCGCGGCGGCAAGGAAGUCACGCUCGUAUGGGCGGUCGGCUUGACGCUCAUCAUGUGGUUCUUCUCGAACCUGCGCGACUUCAGCUCGAUGAGCAAGGUUGGACUCCUCGCUUCGUCGACCAUGUUCGUCUGCGUCUUGAUCGUCCUCUGCGGACACGGCGUCCAGCCUCACCCGACGGGCUGGACUCCCGGACUCGUCAUCACGCACUCGGUUUGGGCGCCCAAGGGAACGACCUUCGUACAAGGCAUGAACGCACUGCUCAACAUUGUCUACACCUAUAUCGGACACGCCUUGAUCCCCUCGUUUGUCGGCGACAUGGAGCGGCCCCAGGACUUCCCCAAGGCCCUCGCCAUCUCGAUGGUCGCAGAGGUCCUCCUCUUCACCGUCACCGGCGCCGUCGUCUACCACUACACCGGCUUUGAGCUCACGACCGCUCCCGCCUACGGCAGCCUGAUCGCCAAGUACGGCAAGGUUGCGGCUGGAUUCACCUUGCCGACCAUCUGCAUUGUUGGCAUCCUCUACUCGCUCGUCACCUCGCGCGCUAUCUACUUCCAGAUCUUCAAGGAGGGUUCGCCUCACCGCAGCUCGCACACCGUCAUCGGCUGGUUGUCCUGGAUCGCCAUCGUCUUUGGCGGAUGGGUCAUCUCGUUCAUCAUCGGCGAAGCCGUCCCGUUCUUCUCGGACUUGUUGUCCCUCAUCUCGUCGUUGUUCGACUCGUGGUUCGGCUACAUCCUCUGGGCGAUCGCCUACUUCCAGAUGACCAAAGGACGCCGCACAGCCGGCGCCAUCGCGACGGCCGAGACGGUCCUCAACGUCCUCAUCCUCAUCACCGGACUGUUCUUCUUCACUGCCGGCACUUACGCCAGUGUGCAGUCUAUCAUCGACUCUUACAACAAGGGAGCUGUCAAGACGCCUUUCACUCGCGCCAACACCGGCUUCGUCCUCGACACUUUCUAA